CCAACGAUGGAAGACAUUGUACAGAACCCAUUGGAUGAUGGGCAUGGGAUAACAGAAAUACCGACUUUAGAAGCCACAAAACAGCAUCUCGACUACCUGAAUUUGAACCUUGAAAAGGAUCUGCAGAGGCUGGACGAGGCCAAUCAGAUUCUUCUCAGACAGAUUCAAAAGAAAGAGAAAUCUAUUCAAAGUAUUGAAAGAGAAAUUGCCUUGUCCUCUGAGAGAGUCCCAGAGACGGAUGAGUUCACUGAGAUUGCAAUACAGAAGGAGAACGCCCUGAAGGACCUGGAGCUGGAGACAGCAAAGCUGGAGGAAAAGAAUACGACCCUAAGGGAGAAAAUCAUGCAACUUCAGGAUAGGAUUUCAACAGAACUUAAGAAUCCUAGCCAUGAUCCAGAAACCCUGAAAAAGAAAAUAGCAGAAUUGAAGGUGAAACUACGAAAGUCAACCAAGUCCUGUGCACAACAAGAGAAGGAAAUAGCCAAGAUGCAAAGUGACUACUAGUCUGUACAUGAGCUCUGUGAAGACCAGGCCCACUACAUAAAGAAAUACCAGGAAAUUCUGAGGGAGAUGGAGAAGGAACAAGAAGUGAUGCUGCUUGAAAAAGAAAUGUCCAAAGCCCAGAAUGACUCUUCCCAAAAAGUAAAACCUGGGGCUACUUUGGUAGAGACCAUUCAGAGCAACAUGGAGAAGAACAUCAUUAGGAAGCAGAAGAGGAAGUUUUUGGUUAGGCACUUCCACUACCUCUUCUUCAUGAUCGUGGUCUUCCUUCGGAUACUGGGUUGCAUGAUCUUCCACCUGCAGUAUAUAAACCCGGACUUCCUCGUGGACACUCUGCCCAUGCUGAUGAGCAGAAGCAUGUUGAAGUGGCUGAGGGACAUACUGUUCCCCUUCCUUACACUAGAGGUGGAAGACGUUCUACCACACUAG